UUGAAACAGUUGAGGAAAGUGGAAGAGCAGAGGCUCAAAGACCUCCCGAAAAUGGGAUCGGUGACCAAAAGGACCCCCGAUGGAAUGCGUCGAGAAAUCGAACCCUACCCGGGCAUGAAAGUUGCCCCUACCUUGACUUCCAACAUAGGUCGCGCCGACCAACGGUUUACCGCAGACGGUGGCCGUAUGACGGAGUGUGCUGUGGUUACGAGACCCAAGAGCGAAGGGGGCGGUUUUCUUCUCAUUUCGACCUCGAAACUUGACAGGCAAGAGUUUACUCUGCCCAAGGGUGGUUGGGACCAUGGCGAAAGCGUACAUCGGGCGACGAGACGCGAGGUCAGGGAAGAAGGAGGGGUA